AUGUCACUCUUCGGCUCCUCUUCCUCCUCCACCCCCUCCGAGCAAUCCUCCGCCGAACUCAAAAAUGCUCUCAUGCAAUCAGUCCAAGCCGAAGCUGCUGUGGCCAACACCCGCAUUCUCAUCAACAAAAUAAACGAAAACUGCUUCGACCGCUGCAUCCCCACUCCCGGCUCAACACUCUCAGCUGGUGAAAGUACUUGUCUUUCGUCGUGCAUGGACAAAUACAUCAAUCUCUGGAAUGUGACUAGUCGUGCGUACGUCUCGAGGGUGCAGAAGGAGUCGAAGAGGAUGGGUGCUGGGGCGGAUGUUUUGGGAGCUUUGGGAACGUCGGAGCAAUAA